GGGUGCCGCGGGUGGCGGCCGUUGCGCGGCCGUGGCGACGGGAUAGGGCGGGUGGCGCGGCGGCAGCGCUCGCACCACCAUGGCGGCAGCAGCAGCGGCGGCUGGGCGGGCGCGGCGAGGGGCGCCCGUAUACUCGCAGAAAGAGCUCACGUCAAAGAAAAGAGGUGAGUUUGAAGACAUCUUGGAGGAAAGACGGAUGUCCAGUGACUUGAGAUACGCAAUGAAAUGCUAUGCACCUGUGAUCUACAAAGGGCUUUCACCGUGCAAGCCAAGUGCUAUUAAAAGUGCUGUUCUCCAUUCAGAGCAAGUUCAAUAUGUUAUCAGGCAGUUAGCAAAAGAGACAGGAGAGUCAUCUGAUAUUAUUCAAGAAGCAGCCAUGGAAAUCCUGGAUGAGAUGGGCCACAGUAUGCAAUUAGGAGCUGUCAGAUUUUUUGCCUUUACUCUGAGCAAAAUAUUUAAACGGCUUUUUCAGAGAGUUUGCGUGAAUGAAGAAGGAAUGCAAAGAUUGCAACAGGCCAUUCAAGAGCAUCCUGUUGUACUACUGCCCAGUCACCGAAGCUACGUAGAUUUUUUGAUGCUGUCUUAUUUGCUAUAUACAUACGACUUGGCUCUGCCUGUCAUUGCUGCAGGAAUAGAUUUCCUAGGAAUGAAAAUAGUUGGCGAGCUGCUACGAAGGGCAGGUGCCUUUUUUAUGCGACGUUCUUUCGGUGGGAACAGACUCUAUUGGGCAGUUUUUGCUGAAUAUGUAAAAACUAUGUUAAGGAAUGGCUAUGCCCCAGUCGAAUUUUUUCUUGAAGGGACUAGAAGCCGCACGGCCAAGACUCUGACUCCAAAGUUUGGUCUUCUCAGUAUUGUGAUGGAGCCAUUUUUUAAACGUGAAGUCUUCGACACGUACCUUGUUCCCAUCAGCAUCAGCUAUGAGAGGAUAUUAGAAGAAUCCCUCUAUGCAUAUGAGCUCCUAGGAGUCCCGAAGCCCAAAGAAUCUACAUCUGGCUUGUUGAAAGCCAGAAGAAUCCUCAGUGACAAUUUUGGGACGAUACAUAUUUAUGUUGGCCAGCCGGUGUCACUCAGAACCUUAGCAUCUGGGAGGAUCAAUCGAUGCCCAUAUAAUUUGGUUCCCAGGCAUCUGCCCCAAAAGCCAUCUGAGGAUAUUCAAGAAUUUGUUAGCGAUGUAGCUUAUAAAAUGGAACUCCUGCAAAUAGAAAAUAUGGUUUUGAGCCCUUGGGUACUAGCUGCUGCUGUCCUGCUCCAGAAUUUGCCAGCCAUGGAUUUUGAACUUCUAAUAGAAAAGACUCUUUGGCUUAAAGGCUUAACACAGACUUUUGGAGGAUUCAUUGAGUGGCCUGAUAACCUAUGUGCCAAAAAAGCAAUCACAUCUGGCCUCGCCCUGCAUUCCAAUGUUGUUUGCCUUGUCGAUGGCCACGUGGUCCUAAAUGACAAAGGAGCAGAAGGUGGAGCUGUAGGGGAAAUCGUCUUUAAGCGAGCUUUGGCCAUCCUCAUGUGUGGAACCUACAGGAACCAGCUGUUGAACGUGUUUGUGCGCCCGUCUCUGGUGGCAGUUGCCUUGCAAAUGACACGCAGCUUCCGAAAAGAGGAAGUCUAUAGCUGCUUCAGCUUCUUGAGAGAUGUUUUUUCUGAUGAGUUCAUCUUCUUUCCUGGCAUUUCAUUGAAGGAUUUUGAAGAAGGAUGUUUUCUACUUACAAAAUGUGAUGCAAUUCAAACAACUCAACAAGAAAUCUACCCUACUGACAAAGGAAGUGUUGUAAUAUCUUUCCUGUCAGCUAUGUUCAGACCUUUUUUGGAAGGUUAUCAGUUAAUUUUCAGAUACCUCUCAAAGGAAGCAAAAGCAGCCUUUACCGAGAAGCAGUUUAUACCUGGAGUCCGCAACUUUGUUUUUCAGCUUCUUGAGAAGGGGAAUACUCAGUGUUAUGAAGCAUUGUCUUCUGACAUCCAGAAGAAUGCCUUGGCAGCUCUUGUGCAGCUAGGUGCAGUGAAGAAGAAGAAGAUGACCAAUGGAUUCACUUAUAGUAUAAAUCAAGAAGCCGUUAAUAAAAUUCUGGACAUGUUUGUGUUCCGCAACCAGCUGCCGCGCCGCAACGACACCUACCCCGAGGAGCCGCCGCCGCGCGAGCCGCCGCCCGCCAGCGCCGCUGCCGCCGUGCAGCCCCGGCGGCUGCGCAGCGGCGCCGCCCUGUGCCGCGUCUGCGGCUGCCUGGGGCCCCGCGUCUGCGGGCGCUGCCGCCGCGCCGCCUACUGCGGCCCCGAGCACCAGGCGCUGGACUGGCGGCGGGGGCACCGGCGGACCUGCGCGCAGCCCGGCGCCGCAGAUGAUUUGGAGGAUGCAGUUCCAGACCAUAAUGAAUUCCUUUUUCCAGAAUAUGAAAUUUUGAUAGAACCUGAGGAACCAGAAUCUCCUGCUGAUAGCAGUGUAGAUCCUGAUGAUGAAGCAGCUAUAGAUACAUCAGGGAACUCAGACAAACAAGAGGAACUCAGAGCUACAGGCAGUGCAAGUGAAGCAUUGGAAUCUUUAGAUGAAGAGACAUUGGAAGCAAUGGCAAAACAUGAGACUGAAGAUGACAAGAUCUUCCAAAAGUUUAAGGAGCGAAUAGCUGCAGAACCAGAGCAGAUUAUUAGAUACUGCAGAGGAGGAGAAGGCCCCAUCUGGGUAUCAGGUGAAAAUGUUCCUGAAGAAAAGGAUAUCCCAAAUUGCUCAUGUGGUGCCAAAAGGAUAUUUGAAUUCCAGAUUAUGCCACAGCUCCUGAACCACAUGAAGGUCGACAGCCUUGGAGAGAGCAUUGACUGGGGAACACUGGUGGUGUACACAUGUGCCAAUAACUGUAAUGAGGGGAAUCAGUACACUGAGGAGUUCAUAUGGAAACAAGACUUCUCUGCAGGCUCUAUGUAACUUCCAUCAUGUUACUAAGUUGAAUCAUCUAAAUCUAAUACUUUCCUUGUUUCAGUGCAUCUGUGCACUUUGCAAACAGGUAACUGAACUGCUGUCACUGAUAUCUUGUAACUGUGAUAAAAAUACUGAGAAAAGUGGACCUUGGCAGCUGCUUUCCUGUGCUCCAAUAGAGCAUUUUACUUCAGCCUGCUGCUGAAACCAGAUGCUUUUUUCCAGUAAACUUCACCUCAAAUCUUGCGUCCUAUCAUGCAGCAUAAUUCCAAAUAUUUAAAUAAAGAUGAAAUACUCUUGGA